GGGAAAGUCGAGAGAAGCAGAGACCCACAGCUCUUCUCAGCGUGCCCGGGCUGUAUAAAUACAGACCAGGGAGCACAGAGUCUCAGCAUAUUUCCCUCUGGAUUGCAACCUGAAACAAACAGCUCCACUUUUUCUACCGGGCAAAAGAUGGCACCUACUGGCCUCGUUUUCAUGGCUCAAAGCGGCCUGCUCACCCCUAAAGAGAAAAACAAAUUGAGAAAGCCAGCGGUGGAGAAAAUGCGUCGCGACCGCAUGAACAGCAGCAUCAAGCAGCUGAAACUCCUGCUGGAGAAGGAAUUCCAGAAGCACCAACCCAAUUCUAAGCUGGAGAAAGCUGACAUCCUCGAGAUGACGGUGGACUACCUGAAAGAGCAGAGCUGGCUGCAUUUGAAAGGACCUGCUCAUACAGAUGCUCAGCAGGACUUCAAAGAAGGUUACUCAAGGUGUCUCCAGGAGGCCUUCCAGUUCAUGUCUCUCCACAAAGUCCACAUGGAAACCCAGGCCAAACUCAUCAGCCAUUUCCAAAGAAACCAGCUGUCCACCUCUGAAAUGGUCAGCUCUUCUCCUGCCUUGAAGCACUCAGCCUGCAAAGGUGCCCACAAACUCUGGAGACCCUGGUAGAAGGCAGGAAGCUUUCUGGUGGGCAUCUAUUCCAGAAGGAAGGCUGAGCUCCAAUCCAACCAUUCAGCCCUGAUCUUCUUCUUUGUAGGGAAUAUUAUUUCCCCUUUGUAUUAUUUAUUAUGGGGGUGGAGUGGAGAGCACUGGCAGGUCUUUGGGAUGUUCUCCAGUUACGCACAGCAAUAAUCCGAACUGGGGAGGGGCACGUAGCUUCAUAAUGAAGAUGAUGUGUGCAUUGAAGGGCAGGUGGUAAUGUUGUGUUGCAACAGCUGGUAUGAUUGUGAAAUCGUGGUGCUCCUCGAGGUCGUGGUAGGAGAGGAUUCUCUGGAUAAUUGUAAAAAUGUCCGGCUUUGCUUCCAAGUGGCUCUUCCAAAGCAGGCUGCUGAGUUCUCAGCACAAAAUCCUGUCCGCUUUGAAAGGCCACUGGGUUUUCUUUUUUCUUUAAAGAAGCAAAAGGCUGUGAAUUUUUACUGGUAUAUUUUUUUCUCUCUCUGUUUCUUAGGGAAAUGGUACCUUCUUGCUUUAUAUUAAAGAAAAUAUCUGAUGAGAGAUUGUGUUUGCUCAGCGUCACACAUGUCGAUGCUAAGAUUGAUGCUCUCUGUCGGUUUCAUUGAUAUAAUGAUUGUUUCCUCUGCUGUGGGGAAGUUUCUGUUCAUGAUGGAUGGCAAGUGUUUUGUCCUGUUGCCAGGAUCUUUGUAUGGUGCGCAUACUGUGUAUGCCCUUUGUAAGACAUUAUUUGUAAGACGCAAUAAAAGAAAAAUGCUUU